CUUUCACUGAGGAAAGAGGAAGUCGAGGAAAUAAACGUUUCCAUUUCCUCAUGCCGCCGGUUUUUCCCAGGUACACGCGGCCCAAUAAAUAGCAAACCGUGGAGGAUGAUGGCAAGUAAAGCGAAGCAGAUCCUCUUGUUCAGAGUCAGUCAGAGGAGAGAGAUACAGGAUGGACAUGAAGCAGAUUCUCAUCUUUGGACUUUUUCUCGUGCCCGUGUUGACGUGCAAGAUGAACCGGUGCUAUGAUGAGCACGAGCUGAGCGACGCAGCGGAGAGGAAGCUGAGGAUGCACUACCCACAGCCUCCGGAGCCUUCAACCCAGAAUGCACCCGAUUCACCUGCCUCCUGCCCCGUGGACCAUUUCCAUCAGCAGCCGCCUCAGGACAUCAGCGAGAGGUCCCUGUCUCCCUGGAGAUACUUACUUGUGACAAAUAAGGAUCACUAUCCCUCCACCUAUGCCGAGGCUCAGUGCCUGUGCUCAGGAUGCAUCUUGAUCCAGAACAAGGGCCCCCCAGUGGAGAGCCACGACUACAUUUCAUACCCUGUAAAGCAGAGCAGGGUGUUUCUCAAGAAGGAGCUCUGCGACGAUGGAAAGAGAUACCAUCUGAAGCCAGUUACUGUGGAUGUGGCCGUGGGCUGCACCUGCACCAGAGUAAAGACCUCCUCCUAGAGGGGAGCCAUCCAGACCUGCUGCCACAGUGGCACGCUACAGCUUAUGUUGUGUUUGUUUUAAAAUGCACCAAGUUCUCUAGAAAGUCAAACUCAGGGGUGUUAGGUCCUGCAGUGUCAUCAGUGAGCAGACAUGACUGUUUGCACAGAGGAAACAUCGGUCCAGCGUGCUCUCUCAUGACAGUGCCACGCCUAAACACACAGCCGACACCCCUGGGAUAAUUUAUGAGGCUUUAAAAGCCACAUCAGCCUGUUUUUACAGGCCUGUUUAUUGUGAUAAUAGUUCAAAAUUGAUACGUCUUUAAUGUGUUUGUUUUGUAGGUCUUUAUGGGCCCUUUAUUCGGACAUGUUUACAGCUCUGCCCAGUGCAGGUAAUGUAAACUGGGUGUUGUCAUUGAGGAAAAUAACUAUUGUAUAGUUUUGUAAAAUAAUUAUUUAACAGCUACUAGUAUUUAAAUAAUUAUCUAUUUAUUUCGUUUGUUUUGCAUGUGUAAUGUUUGAGCAUAAGGAAAACUGUGUAUUUAUUUAUUUUGGAUAUCUUGUAGCU